AGGCAGUGGGCUCCGAGUCAACUGGUAUGACCGCGGGCACUGGGUCAGACAUUGGAUCGUCUGACUGGACAGCGGGCAUCGGGUCACCAGGCAUCAAGUCAUUUGGCUCGACAGCGAGCACCGCGUCAUCUGGCAAGGAAGUGGGCUCCGAGUCAACAGGCACGACAGUGGGCACCGGGUCAUCAGGUACCGGAUUGUCUGGCUCGACAGCGGGCAUCGGGUCACCAGGUAUGACAGCGGGUCCUGGGUCACCAGGCAUCAGGUCAUUUGGCUCGCCAGCGGGCACCGCGUCAUCUGGCAAGGCAGUGGGCACCGAGUCACCAGUACGACAGCGGGCUCUGAGUCAAUUGGCACGAUAGCGGGCACCGGAUCAGGUACCGGAUCAUCUGGAUCAACAGCGGGCAUCGAGUCAACUGGCCUAAUAGGAUCGUCAGGCUGGAUCAGUUCAUCAUGCUGGGUAGAGGCAUCAGGCUGAAUGCCGGCGUCCGGCUGAGUAGAGGCUCCAGAGGCUGCAGCCGAGUAGAGGCUGCAGGCCGAGUAGAGGCUCCAGGCCGAGUAGAGGCUCCAGGCCGAGUAGAGGCAUCAGGCCGAGUAGAGGCAUCAGGCCGCGUACAGGCAUCCGCGUAG